AUGGCAAGGCUGCCUUUGCAUCCGCGCUUGGCCCAUCUUGCUCUGAAAGCGCCCACUAUUCAGGAUGAUGGGACUGAAGAUGCCGACUCCACUGUUGCAGAGCUUUGCGCCCUGCUCGAACAGGACAGAGACACAUUGCAGCUCCAGGAGCGUGGCGCCAAAGUCAGCGCCGCGCCUCGCUGUGCCGAUGCACGUGUCAGGCUGCUGGCUCUCAAGACGAGAGCACUGCCUGAUCGUUUGAAGGGCAUCCGUGCAAUUCCCGGACAGUGCCAGCAAGUACUGCAAAGUGCUGCCCAGCUUCACAAGGAGCUCCCGUCUGCCACCAAAGCCGUGCGCAUUCGGGAUCCUGGUCCUUUCCUCGCGCUGGCCUACCCAGAAAGGAUCGCGAGGCGGGUCAAGAACAACCGGUUCCUGCUUCGGGAUGGAACGUCCUGUAUUGUGAAGGACCCCGUCUUGCAGCAAGAGCUGGGUAAAGAGCGGAACAGUGUUUACGAGCUUCAGACGUCGCGUGCUCCCUUCGAGGAGUUGCUUGCCGUGGGACUCCUAAUUGACAGAUUCGAAGAGCCUUCCAGUAAGGACUUGCAGUAUGCACAAUCAGACACCAGCACCGACGAGGGCGAGACCGCCGUGAUGAGGCUUGUUGGAAGGGCGGGCGCGCUUCGUCCGCCUCCGCGGCUUCGCAACGAGAGCUUCCUUCGCUCAACCUUUGCAAGGGCGAAGGAGUUCGGCAGCCAGGCAUUGCACGUUGUUUUAGACCGCAGGGUGCAGCAGGGGGCGGCGGCCGGUGCGCUGUCCUGUGGCGCCUGGGGCGGCUUCUGGGGACUCUGCAACGGCUCCGUCAUCGGGUGUUCAGUCGGCUUAAUGGCAGCUCCCUUCACCCUAGGCUGGGCAGAGUUUGCAUGCGUUCAUUUGGGUGGGGGAGGUCCACGUAGGAUGGGCAGUGUCAGCUUUGCUCCAAAGUCAAUACUACUUACGUACUCGUUAGAAUAG